CAUGAUCACUAAUACUAUCAACAAAGACCGAUCGGUUGGAAGGAAGAAGAUGCUAAUGUCUCUUAAAUGAUAAAAGAAGGAAUUAUUAAAAGACACAGAGCUAAAGCAAUUUUCAAAGUUCACUAUAAAACCUUCUUGAGCACCACAAACCCACCGCCACCUUGAAAUCGGCCUCUUCUCCACCCUAAACCCGCUGCCACCUCGAAAUCGGCCUCAACACAACAAAGUUGGAGACCGAGGAAAACCCGCCGCUACCUCUUCUCCACCCUAAACCCGCCGCCACCUCUUCUUCACCCAGCACCGCCGAAAACGACCUCAACACAACAAAGAUGGAGUCGGAAGAAACUCUGAAUACAUAUAGAGCUGCGUUUAGAGAAGCCUUUGAUGGACAACGGUUGCAAUUGAAGGAUGCUAGGAGUGGGCUGAAGGAUCCGGUCCAUAGUGAGUUUACUGAUGCCUCGAAGUCUUGAGUACAAGUACAAGAACAUUUCAAAAUGGCGCAUCAAAUAUAGAAAAUUGGGAUCGGCAUUGGAACUUCUCAUUCUUCUUAAUAAUUCCGAGGCAACUCUAAUCUGGGCCGCAUUUGCCGCAGUGCACACCACCACUGUGCCUUCGAGAUUGCUCUACUUCAAGGAUGUUUUUGUUUUCGGAGAAUAUACAGAUAUUAUUUCAAAUCAUCCAAAAGUGCUUCAAGCUGAUAAAAGGUUUUGUGGAUGCUCAAGGGUCUGUUAAAAUCAUGUUUCAGCUUCAAUAUAUCCCCCAAAAAGCCUAGAUUUCAUGUUCAUCCUUUACACAGAACCUUCCUUAUGGAGGUAUAUUGGCUUAGGAAAGACAUUAUUGACAAAACAUUCUCUGAUGUUUUAGAGACCGCAAAGAAGACUUUUACCGAGCACAAGGAGAAACCUGACUGGAAAAACUAUUUGAGGUAUCUUAAAGGAAUUGGAAAAUUUUCAAUGAAAAAAGACGUUAUGGGCAAGCACUUACUGGAACUCUGCAAUAAUGACGAUCUUUUGGCAGGAAUCCUUAUGUCUGGUUCUGAGCAAUUAUAUUCCAAAGACGGUUCUUUUUUACUAAAGAGUACUGAGAAUGAGUUUUGCCUGAAGGAUAAACUUGGCUUUGGAGAUGCCCUAAGUAGGGCUUUCGACAUGAACUACUUAGCUUUGAACCGAUUAUCCCGCGGUAAUUUCACUUUUGAAUGUGUUAAGAGCUUUGAGAAGAAGCUGUUGAAGAAUUGCUGGAAUGUGUUCCAACUUUCUUUCCUCAAACUUAAAGUGACAGAAACCUAUCUGAAUUAUUAUGAAUCAAUGAAAGUUAAUACUGAUGUGAAUCCUGGCGAUGAAGAGAUUCCGGCUGAUGCAGAACCAGCUGUAAUCCAGGGUCUGGAUGUUGCAGAACAAGCUGUGAAGGAAGUGCAUGUGAACCUCCCCCAUUCCCCUGAGUUUAAUGAUGUAGAGGUGAAGGAGGUGGAGGAGGAGGGGAAGAGGAAGUAUAUUGAACUUAUUCAUGAGCUAGGAUUCAAGAGAAAAUAUUCUGUUGCAGAAAAAAUGGUUGAAAUAACCCAUGAUGAGGCAAAAGCAAUUGGGUUCAAGGGUGAGGCGUUCGCCUAUGGUUAUUACCAUGAUAGAUUUGAAGAUACCUAUGCAGUUGUUUUGAUGAAUCAAGGAGAAGAAUCUGGUCUCUCUUAUGACAUAGGCCUAUGUGACAAAACAAAAGUACAAUCCAAAGAAUCCGAUUCAUUCAUUGAAGUCAAGUCCAUAUCUAAAAAAAAUAUGGAUUGGUUUUUCAUGUCAAAGAAUGAGUUUGAACUUGGUCUAGAUAAAAAGAAGGACUAUAUUAUAGCACAUAUCUACAUAGAUGAAAAGCAGAAAGACGACAAACUGAAGUACCGUGUGACGGAAUAUUCUAAUCCUGCCAGUGAAGAAUCUGAGCUAGAGUUGUACAUGACACGUGCCUAAUGAACUCAGCCAGGAUGAAUUGGGAAAUGAUUAUAAAGAAGCUGUUAGUGUGGAGUGGAUUGAUAAGUGUUUGAGCCUUACUUUCAAGUGUCCAUGCGGCAAGGGAUAUGAGGUUCUAAUAUGUGCUAACAAUUGCUACUACAAGUUGGUUUACAAGAAUCAGUAUGUUUAUUCCUUGGGGGAGGAUCACCUUUGUUUUUAUUCCGUUUUAGUUUGGAUAAAUCUUAUGUUUUCAUUUGUAGUAGCAUUUGGAUAACUUAUGGCGUAAUAUCCUUAGAUGAAAACAGAAGAUUUAUCCAAACUAAAACGGAAUAAAAACAAAGGAUAUUAGGCCAUAAGUUAUUGCAUGUUUUGGUCAACCUCAUUCUAUAAUUAUAAUUCAUUUGGAAGUUAUUGUCCUAAUGUAUGUUACUCCAUUCCUUUCAACUGAGCAAGACAAUAUCCUUUCUCUCCA